AUGGGAGUGUACACAAUGGAAGAAAAAGGAGAUGAUAGUGCUGACUUUGUUAAGGAAGGUGAUGGGAACAAAGCUUACGCUGCUACUGACUACGACUCUCCUACCCAUUCUGAUACCGAGUUCGGAGAUAGCGACAGAAUGACCCUAAAGAGGUGUUUGUUUGAAGAUGAUGGCAACGGAGCUCUACGAUUCACCGGAAGAAAUAAUCUUUCUCUUCCAUACGACUCAUCAUAUACCCGUAUUGACUCGGAGCUCAGAGAUAGAGGCAGAAUGAGAUUUGAAGUAGAGCGUGGUUUUCAGACUCAUACGACUCGUCUAUUCCAAGGAUUCAGCAAAAUGGGAGCGACUUGCGACGACGACCUAAGUUUGCCGGUUCACUCCGUGACCGGUGCUCCGACGAACGAGCUCCGGUUGAGAAAGCAUGUCUACGACAACGUUCUCGGAAACAUCUAUGUCGAUCCUCUUUGUUUGAAAUUCAUUUACACGGAGCGGUUUCAGAGGCUUCGUGAACUCAAGCAGCUCGGACUGACAAGGAUGAUGGUGUAUCCAGGCGCUGUGCAUUCUAGAUUUGAGCACUCUCUAGGCGUGUAUUGGCUUGCAGGCGAAACUGUUCAGAGGCUUCAAACUUUCCAGGGCAAUGCAGAGAAACGUCUCUUGUAUGAUAUUGUUGCUAAUGGUCGAAAUGGGAUUUAUGUGGACAGGUUUCACUGCCUUGUCCGUGAUUCUCGAGGAUGCAAUCUUCAGAUUCAAAGGUCUUGCUUAUAUAGCUUCCACAACUUGAAUCGUGACGAAAUGCUCCAGCCUACCACAGUGAUGAACAUCAAGCCCAAGUUUCAAGGUUGUUCAAGACGCAGCAGCACUGGUGAAGGUUCUAAAGACGCAGCAGCCAAUCCUGAUUCGGAAGCUGAUGACACUGAUAACUUACAUCAAGGACAGAUGAGGAUUCCCCAUAGAUGUGAAAUGAUUAAAAGACUGAAUGAAGCUGGGUUUGAUUUAUCUGGUGCUAUAGCAGCUGGAGAUAAGAACCCGGUGACACAGGACGCCACAGAAGACCUUGCACGGGCUUGCAUCGGGGAUGAUACUAGGUUUGCACUCAUCGCUGGAACUGAUCCAGACUCUCUGCGGCUGUAUAUCAGCGAUUAUGUGUCGCUCUAUUGGCAAACUGGUCGUCACUGGGAUGGUAUUCUCCUGAGCCCUGCCGCUGCCACUACUUCUGAUGUGACAGAUUCUAAGGUGAGAACUGCACUUGGGGAAAUUCGGAAUCAGAUGCAACAUGAUCUUUGUUGGUGUUACUGUGACACGGAUAUGGUUAGUGCUACGAGAGUACUCAACGGAUUAGAUGAGAAGCAUACACCUCUCUGUCCCAGAUUUCUGUUUCAACAUUUGGAUCCAAAACAAUUAGCAAAGGUUAAUGCAACCGGUCACAGAUGCUACGGUGCCAUUGCGGACGCAUCACUUUCAUACAUACUCAAGUUUGGGGUUCCAGCUGAGGAGUCUGACAGGUUUGAUUGUAAAGCUGAUAGGCAGUUCUAUCAAACUGAUGAGUUUUGGAAGAUAACUUCCUUCUACAGGUAUAAUACUUUAGAACAAGCCUUAUGGCGUCUCCGUACGCAUCCUGUCAGUGCUAAUCUUCUCUGCUUUGAAGGUUGGGAUAAGAAAGAUACUGUCUACCGCGGCCCCAUCGACGGAGAAGGAAAGAAACUUGAUGAUGCUCAUGGGGUAGUCAUGUGUGACUUCCUGAUGAUAAAUGGCGAACCCAUUAUCAUUUGCAAGAGUAGUAACGGAACACGCGUGGGGUUUAAAGGUUACUUGCACGUGGCUGCUAAUGUGAUGUUGUUGAUGGUUGCCAUGCAAAGGAACGAACAGAACAAGGAAAACAAUAUCUGCCAAAGAGAACCACAACAUCUUCUUACAGAUUUUUACUCUGUAGAAAUGGAAUAUGCAGAUGAUAAGUACAAGCGAUUGAGUCUACAAGAGAUAGCGGAUAACGAAGAGUUUAGAAUGGAUAAUCGAGUGUGUUAUGAACACUUAAAAGGUCCUGUUCUUGGAGCUUUAGUUAAAGAAGCUCUUACCGUAGCUGGUAGAAUGAAGCAACGGCAACGGAAUCGGAAACAACAGAGACGAUACUCGUCAGUUGGUGAAGCCGGUGAAGGUGUUGUGCCCAAUGAUGGUGAUGAAACCGAAGACUUCUGUUCUGAAGAGUCGGAUGAGGAUGCGGCUGAAGCAGUUGUCACAGGUGGUGAAGCUGUUGUCCCCGAUGAUGGUGAUGAAACCGAAGAUUGUUCUGAAGAGUUGGAGGAGGAGGCAGCUGAAGCAGUUGUCAGAGAAAACCCUGAGCUUGUUUGGUCUUCGUCACCCUGUGUUUUGCAUCACAAAGAUUGCAGGAAUCUCCAGGUUUGCUUCCUCAUCUUGAUUGAACACAUCACGAUGAUCUCUUCUCGCUUGCAUUGUAUUGAUCAGGGUUGCAUCUUUCUGCAGAUAUACUGA